AUGGCAUCAAGCAAUAAUUCAUAUGUGGCUGAGUUCAUCUUGCAAAGUUUCUCUGAAAAUCCUCAGGGUCAGAUCUUCAUCUUCAGCCUCUUUUUAGGACUUUUCAUAGUGGCAUUCACAGGUAACUCCCUCAUUGUCAUUGUGAUCAGUCUAAAUCCAGGCCUCCAUACUCCCAUGUACUUUUUCCUUAUAAAUUUGGCCUUCUUGGAUGUUCUCUCGGCCUCCACUGUGGUGCCCAAGUUGCUGCAGAACCUAAUGACCAAGAACACCAUUUCCUAUGGGGGCUGCAUAGCUCAGAUCUAUUUCCUAACUUGGUGUUUGGGGGCAGAGCUCUUGCUUUUCACAGCCAUGGCCUAUGAUCGAUAUGUAGCCAUCUGCCGGCCCCUCCACUACAGUACUAUUAUGGGCAAGGCAGCUUGCUGCCUCAUUGCAUGUGCAGUGUGGGCAAUCAGUGGGACCAAUAUAACAAUCAACAUCAUCUUGACUGUCCGCUUGUCUUUCUGUGGCCCCAAUGUCAUUGAUCAUUUCUUUUGUGAGAUUCCUCCAUUAUUGCCUCUCUCUUGCUCCUCAACUUAUGUCAACAAUGUCAUGGUAGUUGUGGCAGACAUGUUCUUUGCUAUUUCCAAUUUUCUGCUCCUCCUGGUGUCCUAUGGUUUCAUCAUCUCCAGCAUCUUGAAGAUCCGGACCAAGGAAGGGAAGAAGAGAGCAUUUUCCACUUGUUCGUCCCACCUUAUAGUGGUCACCAUGUAUUAUUGCCCUAUAAUUUAUAUCUACAUUCUUCCUGGUUUGGGUCGGUCUCUGAAAGAAGGCAAAGUAGCUUCAGUGUUUUAUACCAUAGUAACUCCAGCCUUGAACCCUCUGAUCUACUCCCUGAGAAACAAGGAUGUGAAAAUAGCCCUCAAGAAAUUAUGUCCAUUUCUUAGGAAAUAA